CCCCCUCUCUUCUAGUCUUCUUAGUCCUUCUUUCUUCUCCAUCCUCUUCCUUUUAACGACUCUCUUUUCCGUCUCGGAUUGAUUCCGUCAGACUGCUACAUUCUCUCAACUGUUCUCUGUGCUAGAGACGUUGCCUUCGUUCUUUCGAACCCAGUCAUUCAUUAUCACACGUUGCGAAUAGAUUUCGCAGCUCACAUUCGUUGAAAAACACCCCGCCGCAGUCUCUAUACACACAUCUCCAACCCCAAACCCCACUACUACAGAUUACCAUCAUGCAGCUUACUACCAAGGUCUCUGUUGCCCUUCUGGGUGCUCUCGCAGCGGUUGGCGAGGCUAACAUCCACCACAACCUGCACUUCCACGGACGCGAUAUCUCCAGCUCGGUUGCAGUCCCCCCGGCUGGUCCCACUACUAUCCAGCCCCAGCCCGUUGUCGUUGGCACCAGCUCUUCCACUCAGGCUGUUGCUGCGACUACCAGCCUGGCUGUUGCUCCUGAGAACACUGCCACCGUCGCUCCCGUUGCUCCCGCUGCGUCCUCUUCCGAGGCCGUUGUUCCUGCUGGUCCCUCGUCCGUGACCGUCCCGUCUGUUGCGCCUGUUAGUGCUUCUUCCGUGGCUGUGGUGGUGCCUUCGGCUCCUUCCUCUGCCCCGGCUGUGCCUGCUGGCCCCUCCUCCGUGCCCGUGGUGCCUGUCGGCCAGUCCUCCGUUGUGCCCGGCGGUCACUCAUCGGCCCCCGUGCCUCCUUUCCCUUACUCUUCGACCGCCUCGGUCAUCACCGCCGCCCCCGUCCCUCUCGGCACUGGCGUGACCAGAUCCUCUGGCUCAGCCAGCACCGCUGCUGGUUCGGGCUCUGGAUCUGGCGCUGGCUCCGGCGCUGCUUCCGGCGCUGCUUCCAGCGCUGAAUCCGUCUCCACCCAGUAUGAGACUCAGACUUCCACCAAGGACGUCACUUUGACCUACACCCUGGGCUCCGGUGCCUCCAAGACCAUUGUGACCACUACCGUCCACCGCACCGUGACUGACGUCCAGACCGUCUAUGUGACCCCCGUAAGCCACAGCUCUAGCACUGCCGCCGCUGGCGCUCAAGAUACCACCCUCACCUCGACCUCGACCGCGUAUGCCACCUACACCCUUCUGGCUGUUCCUUCCUCCACUGGUGCCGCUGGCUCUGCCGCCACCUCGAGCGGUAGCUCUUCCGGCUCCUCAGGCUCUUCCGGCUCCUCGGGCUCUUCGAGUUCCUCGGGUGAGACCUGCGCUCCCGUCACCGUUACUGUGCACGACACUGUCACUGUGACUGUUGCCCCUACCACUGCCGCUGCUAUCACCGCCACCCCCGACACCAACGUUGAGGUUGCCGAGCCUACCACCAGCGCUGAGGAGACUGCUGCCGCCUCCACCUCCGAGGCUUCUGCUAUCAGCACUGCCACUGUUGUCCCCACCCCUCGUCCUCCCUUUGGCCACAACAACGGCACCUUCCCUUACCCUAGCGGUGCUGCCCGGCCCACUGGUUUCCAGACCAGCAGCAGGGCUGCCUUCCCCUCCAACUUUCGCCGCGUCUACUAAGGCCUUCAGUGCGGCUCCUUCGUCUGUACUGAGAAUUGACCCCGUGGCGUAAAGCUUGCGCUGGCCUUGUACCUAUGAGAGGAUUUUGAUGUUUAUGUUUCUGGUACAAACUUGACAAUUUUUUUUCUAUCUUCAAGCCAUCUAGUCUAUUUCUUCCAUUCUCGUCUUAUCCGGCUAGGCAAGGGAGACCUACGCAAUGGCCGGUGGUUGUUCAAUUCUCUACGGAGGCCGUGCAGGUCCCACCCAUUACCCAACGAAGCUGUUUCUUCAUUUAGUUUCUCUGUGAGAACCUCUCAUGGGACGUGGAUCUUUGUACGACGGGCGGCCAAAGCGGGGUUUUCUUAGCUGGAGGACGAGUGUCGGGCAUUUGUCGCUUCGGUGACAAUUGUAUCUAUGUGAAGAAUAGAUCUAAGUGGGGAUUUAUGACCAUCCGAUUGAUGAUCUUCGAUUACGAGAGCGGAUGUUUUAUUUGAUUAGACAGCGA